AUGCAUGCUGCCAUUGCAUUCCCGGGCGAGUUGUUCAUUGGGAAUUCUAGGAAGCAGAGGCGGGAGCGGACAACCUUUUCCAGGAAUCAGCUGGACAUCCUUGAGUCGCUUUUCAAGAAGACGAGAUAUCCUGACAUUUUCAUGAGGGAGGAGGUGGCGCUGAAGAUCAACCUGCCAGAAUCAAGGGUACAGGUGUGGUUCAAAAACAGACGAGCCAAGUGCCGCCAGCUACAGAAA